AUGCCUUCCCGAGCUGCUAUGUUAGCUCUCUCUGCCCUGCUUCUGCGGGCUAUUCCCGUCGCCGUUGCCCAUCCUACACUAGGUGGAAAUCUGCCUUCAGCGGGGGAGUUUGAAUACUCAAACGUCUAUACCGAGCUCGAGAAUACCGACACUAGUGCGCCUUGGGGACAUGGUCAGCCUGGAGAUGUUGGCUCUCAUAAGCACAAGGGUGGUGAUUACUUAUGCGGUAGUGGUGGUAAAGGUAAUGGCGGAGAUGGUAGCUGGAUUGGUACUGUCACGACGAAGACUAUCACUGACUGCACCGCGACUCCUACGGCAACUAUCACAAUUACCAUUGACGGCAAUGGUUCCGGGACUGCCACUUUGACUGUCACCACUACCGAUACUGUCACUAUCACCACCGCUGAUACACGCCCCACCAAGACCGUCACCGACACGCUCACCGAAACAGUUAGUGACUGCGCGACGACAACAACAGAUGUCACCACCAUUACCGCGAAUGGUCCAACAGUUACUAAAACCAUUACCACCACGUCCGCUGGUCCAGCCGUCACUUCCACCGUGACUACUGGAGCAUCGACUGUCACUGAUCCAGGUUCCACAGUCACAGAGACUAGGACUAGGACCGAGACAGUCACUGACCAUGAAACCGACACCAUCACCAACAAUCAAGUCAUUACCGAAACCACUACUGCGACCCAGACUGAGACCCUAGGGGUAACCACCACCAUCACCAAUAGUCAAGUCAUUACCGAAACCACUACUGCGACCAAGACUGAGACUCUAGGGGUAACCACCACCGUCACUGCUGAUAACUGCUCGAACACUGGCGGUGCCGGCUUGGACUACGGAACCUGCUCGGACCCGACCAUUCUAUAUGAAUAUGGUCUGGAUGGACGUACCGACUACUCCUACACCACUGAGAACCAGGCUGACUUCCCAUUCGGCUCCGCGCCGGACAUCCGCACUCCGGAGGAUCUCAUCUGCAACCGUCUUAGGAGCCCGUGUAAUGCACCACAGGCCACUAUUGACCAGUGCUAUGCAGCCGAACAGGCCACUUCUGGUCUGACCGGACAGGAGGCCGCUGAUACCUGGAACUCGUUGAUGACCUAG